AAAAAUAUUAUUAAGCCCUUCUUUCUCUCUCUUAUCCGCUCCUCUCUCCUCUCUCCUUUGGUCUGUUUCCUGCCGCCGCCGCCGCCGUUCUCCUCCGUCAGAUUCAUAUAUUUUCCUCCGCCGUCUUCACUCAUUUGCUUCUCCUCCAAUCAUAAAGUAUUGGGAAACCUGAAGAUCCAAGAAAAAUUAAUUGCUUUUUAUAGUGGGGACUGUCCUAUUUAUUGUAACUUGACUGUGUAAUAUAUAAGAUAUAAACUUAACGAGCUUUAUACCCCAAGACUGGGUCUACAUAUCAAUGUCAGAAGGUGAAAUGGCCAUCAUCAAACCAGAGAUGAUGAAAUCCUAUAUAUGGCUUGAAACUGCUGAUGGAUCAAUCCAACAAGUGGAACAAGAGGUUGCAAUGUUCUGUCCCAUGAUAUGUCAAGAAGUUAUACAAAAGGGUGUUGGAUCUUCUAAGAACUACGCAAUAUCUCUUCCACAACGAGUCAAUCCAGCCAUGUUAAGCCUGAUUUUUGAUUACUGCAGAUUUCAUCAAGUACCUGGACGUUCAAAUAAGGAACGGAAAAUAUAUGAUGAAAAAUUCAUCCGGAUGGAUACAAAGAGGCUCUGUGAGUUGACCUCAGCCGCUGACAGUUUGCAGUUGAAGCCGUUGGUUGAUCUUACUAGUCGUGCCCUUGCACGAAUUAUUGAGGGGAAAACCCCUGAGGAGAUACGCGAAAUAUUUCAUUUGCCUGAUGACCUUACCGAGGAGGAGAAAUUAGAACCUCUGAAGAACACAAUGGAUGAUCCGCGGAUUCGAUUGUUGAAUAGAUUGUAUGCUAAGAAAAGAAAAGAACUGAAAGAAAGAGAGAAACUAAAGAAUGUCGAGGUUGAAGAACAUGUCGAUGAGCGUUCUGUGGAUGACCUGUUAUCAUUUAUUAAUGGCAGAGAUCACAAGGUGGUAAAGACUUCCAAGAGCAAAAAGAAGAACAAGAAAAGGAAGGAGCAGAAGAAUGGUACAUCAAUGGGAACAUGUGGAGCUUCAGAAAAGGAUUCAAAACAUAAUCAUCCUUCCAAAUCACGAAGUGCUGAGAUUGUUGAAAAUACUGCGUCCAGCUUGGGAGAUGAUGUAUCUAACUUACUUAGUAUGGAAGAUGAUAUUUUUACGCCACNUGAGGAGAAAUUAGAACCUCUGAAGAACACAAUGGAUGAUCCGCGGAUUCGAUUGUUGAAUAGAUUGUAUGCUAAGAAAAGAAAAGAACNGCUUGAUAGAGAGGUAGAGGAUUUUGCUCGAAGAUUGAACUCUAGUUGGGUUCUAUCAAUAGGACAAGAAAGGCAGCCUGUGCACUUUUCCAUAAAUGGCAAUGGGGCUGCAAGGCGGUUGACAGGUCCAGCUGCAGGACACAAGUGAAGCUGAAAACGCUAGUCCAAUGGCUGGAACAGUUUUGGUGAGAUCCCCACUAGAAUGUAAGCAAUUAGAGAGAGUGGUGUUCCGGUCACCGGCGUUUGAUGUGUGUCCUCCUGUAAUUUUUUCUUUCUUUCCACAAUCUGCUUUCUUUCUUCCUUCUCAGUUAAUCCGGAGAGGUAGGAUGCAGUUUUGUUUUGUUUUUUCUUACUCCUUUUUAGUGAUCAACCCUUUGUACACAACUUUUAAUUAAAGAACUGGUGAAAGCAUUUAGUUGGUUGGCUCA